AUGAAAAAUGAUAAUAUUUUUUUUUGGUGUUUCUUAGGAAUUUCAUCAAUUGUGUUUGUUAUUAUAUUUGCCAUUUCUUUUUAUUACCAUAAUAAUAGAAAAAAAAAGCGUGUUGGAAGUAUAGAAGGAAAUUUUUACCAAAAUGCAAAUAUUUCCCAAAAUGUCAUUAGGAAACAAAGAUCUUUGGACCAAAAAAAUGACAGUGUCAAUGAAAUUUGUACUAUUUCUGGUAAGCAAAAAAUUAUGCAACAAAAUGUAAUGAAAAAUCAAAUGAAAAACGACAUCUCUCCUAAUAACUUUAUUCAUCCUUCAAUUACUCGAAAUAUGCCAAAAAAUACGGUUCAACUUGAAAAAAUGGCUCGUUCUUUUUGUAUUUUGACAAAUGCAAUUAAAAAUGACAAACAACCAAAGAAUAAUAUUUUUGUUAAAAUUGAUGAAGCAGCUUCUUCAUUCGAUAAAGUUAAUUCUUUAAAAACAAGUAAUAAGAAUGAUGAAAAAAAAACUAUUUCGGAAAUUGAAUCAGAUAAUUUGUUAAAAGAUAAUGUUUUGUUUAAAGAUAUUCAAGCUGAAGUAGAGGAACAUAGAAAAGAAGCUAAAAGACGUGGUGUUGAUGAAGAUUCUUACAUUUUUCAGUCAAUGAAUAAGAAUCAAAAAACACAACUAAAUGAUUUAAUCAAAGAUGACAAAUAUUAUAUAGAAAACGAAAAUAAAAAUAAAGAUACAUCUACUACUACUACUACUGAUACAGCAUUUCUAAAACAAGCUAGACAACUAUUGGAAUGUGACAUUCUUCAUAAAGAUAUUCAAACUGAGAAAGGAAAGAGAAGGGAGGAGGCAUGUAGACGUGGUCUUGAUAAAAAAUCUAACACGCCAGUAAUCAGUUAA